GCUGAAGCGUCAGCAGCGUAUUAGCUGUCUUGACGGUGCUGACAGCACAGAGAGCCAGGAAUCUGUUUACUGAGCGUUACAAUUAAACGGGCUCUGCGUUUCAGUUGAUUCUUGUCAGAUCUGCUUAUUGCGCGACUUGCUAAAUAAGUGCAAAAGCAGCACGGCUUUCUCUGUGUUUCACAGACCUCACGGACAUUUUAUUUAUACGUUUGCUUAUUUUGCUCUGGAAAGUAUUUAAUACAAGGACGUAUUCUGUGAGCAGAGAGCGACUUCGACUUCAGUAGACAUGUGUAUAAGAAGAGACGACCAAUUACACGUCAUCUUUACGGUGUUGGUUCUCGCUGCUGCGGUGACAAACGGGCAAGUGUCUUCUCUAGAGAAUGGAAAUGUUGGGGGCCAGAGGAGAGUCGAAGCAGACAGCGGAGCCUUCACACACUCGUCCACACAGGACACAGAGAGUGAGAUCCACCAUUUUACCACAGCAUCCUCCAUGAACGUCCCCAACCACCGACCUGUCUUCAGAGGCAUCGCCCUACAUGAACUCCUGCUCACUAAAGAUUUCCAGGGGGACCAGCGGUUUUUCACAGACCAUGGAGACGUGGCAGGACAUCCCACAAUGCCUGGCUCUGUUACUGCCUUUGAGGCGGGGGACGCCUCAACUCGCCUGGUGCCACACGAGGACGCCCCUGCCUUCUCUGACAUCGCCACUACUGCCACGGUGGCUGCCACAACCCCCCUCACCAUCUCUGCUUCCACAGACCCUGGGCUACUGGUGAGCAUGGCUCAGAAUAAUAAGUUCGUCAAAGACAAGGCCAGGGAGGCAGAGAAGGUGGCAGUGACCACAGACUCCCUGACCACCCCUGUAGUGGCAACCACUGCCCCUACAGUCAGUGGCCGCAGCCCCAAUGCCCCCCCCUUCCUGAAUGGAAGCGCCAAUGGUCAGGGGGAAGUUAUCAUGGAAGUCACCCUGCCCCCCCCUGUCCUGACCACCUCAGUGAGGGUGGAGAAAGGUGAGUCAGAGGAACCAGGGGUAAAGAACAAAACUGGCAUCCAGCUCACCAAACUGACCGCCGUAUCCACAGGAGAGGUGGAUGAGGGAAUGACCACCACAACCAUCAUCACAACCACCACCAUCACCACCAUGCAGACACCAGGUCCCUGCACUGUGAAUUUCACUGACCCCGAGGGCCACAUCAAGAUUCCACAGCAGCAUUCUGCAGCGUUGUCGUCCGACCCUGCAGUGGAUUGCAUCUAUGUGGUGACGGUCUACCUGGGAUACGGGAUUGAAGUACAGGUGCUGAACGUGAGCCUGUCAGAGGGGGAGGUGAUGACGGUGGAGGACAUGGGGGGACGGGAGUCCUCCAUCCUUGCCAAUGAGACCGUCCUGAUGAGGGGUCUGGUGGUGCGCAGCUGGAGCAAUCAGAUCUCCAUCCGUUACCGCAGUGACCAGCAGCCUCGCUCCGGCUCCCUGCUGCUGCUGCAUUACCAAGGUGAGGUCACAACACAGAACCACACGACCACACACCACAGCACACCCUUACACAGGCUGAAACAGCAGCUGCAGCUGAAUGUACUGAAGGCCACUCCAGAGAAUGUGCUGUAG